ACAGCGCUCUAGACUAACCAAGGACUAGUGGCCUUGCUGUCGCUGGACCAAGGCAGCCAAGCCUUGCCUACUGGCCCUGGAGCGCCUCCAGCACCCGGGUGGGGCCUUGAGGGAGCGCCCAGUCAGUCACCCCAGCAUGUGGGCGCGGCGGGGCGGGCCAGGGCUGCGAUCUGGACGCCGAGUGUCCUUCUGGGCCCGAGUGUUUGUCCAGACGGCCCGCGCGGCUGGGUCUCUGCGCGGCUGGGUCUCUGCCUGUCCUCCCUUCUCUUCCUGGACAAUUGCAAUAGUAGACAAUCUGGAGGUGGCAGGUGCUUGAGCCACCUUGCUCCGGGUCCUGAGCAGGUUUGUCCACGUUCACUGACCAGCAUUUAUUACAGACACCGCUCUGCUGAUUUCCUGCUGUCGGAGGCGUAAUUGCUGGGCUGUUCAAGUCUCUGGGAAGGUAGAGCGGUGCCCAAGCUCCUGGCUGCUGGAAGCAAACCGACAAGUCCUUUCCAAGAACUUCUGCUGCAGGUGGAGAAGUUCCUGUGAGCGGCAAAGAUGUUGAGGCAGAUACUGUCGGAUAUGUUCAUAGACCCUGACCUGCUGGCAGAGCUCAGCGAAGAGCAGAAACAGAUCUUGUUCUACAAGAUGAGAGAGGAACAGAUCCGACGGUGGAAAGAAAGAGAAGAGGCCAUGGAAAGAAAGGAGUCCUUGCCAGUGAAAUCCAGGCCAAAAAAAGAGAAUGGCAAGUCUGUCCAUUGGAAGCUGGGCGCUGAUAAGCAGGUGUGGGUUUGGGUAAUGGGCGAGCACCAUCUGGACAAACCCUAUGAUGUGCUGUGCGAUGAGAUCCUUGCUGAGAGGGAGCACCUGAGAGCAGUGAAGGAUGCAGAGCUCAGGAAAGCUCAGUCUCUUGAACUCACAAAUAGCUUAAAAAUAAAGUCACAGAACUGUGAUCUGCAAGCACCGAAGAAGACAGAGCCUCAGAAUGUCACCAGGAAAGCAGCUUCAGAGGAGGCAUCAGGUCAAGGACCCAGAGCGAUACCAACCAGGAAGGAUGACAAAGCCCAAACUAAAGAUCUCAUAAAGAAGAAAGAUGAUGAAGAAGUGAAACAGACAGAGGAUGAGAAAACCAAACAGAUAUACAAGAGCUGGAAAGAAGACUCCGAAUGGCAAGCAUCUCUGCGAAAAUCUAAGGCAGCUGAUGAGAAGAGACGCUCCUUAGCUAAACAAGCACGGGAAGACUAUAAGAGGCUAUCUCAAAGGGGCAGGAGUGGUGACGGACUGCAGAACCCACUGACUAGUCCACAGAAGCCCAGAAGACCUCCUCUUCCUCCGAAGCCCCAGUUCCUACAGCCGCUGGGAAUCCCUCCAAAGUCUUUAGGGAAUCAGGGAGUGAUAAGGACCGAGACCGGCUCCACCCAGAAGGAUACCAUCCGAUGGUUCAAAGAGGAACAGCUGCCGUUCCGUGCAGGUUACCAGAAAAACUCGGACACCAUUGCUCCCUGGUUUCAUGGGAUUCUCACAUUAAAGAAAGCAAACGAACUUCUGAGCACAGGCGUGCCGGGCAGUUUUCUGAUCCGAGUCAGUGAAAAGAUCAAGGGCUACGCCCUGUCCUACCUGUCCGAGGAAGGCUGCAAACAUUUCCUCAUAGAUGCUUCUGCCAACUCUUACAGCUUCCUGGGUGUGGACCAGCUGCAGCACGCUACCCUGGCAGAUUUGGUUGAAUACCACAAGGAGGAGCCCAUAACCUCUCUGGGGAAGGAACUACUUCUGUACCCCUGUGGUCAACAAGACAAGCUACCGGACUACCUGGAGCUCUUCCAGUGACAACUCCCAUCCAGACCAGCCUCCAGCCUCCAGCUGGGUUCUGCUCCGAACAGACACCUCUGAGAUGGACAUUUGUGUGUGAUGCCAAAAUCUCUCUGUGGCAGAGCCAACAGUGAACAAUGUCUGUGAGGUCUUCAUUGAAGCCUGUCUUCUGCAUAAAUGCUGGAUUCAGUUUAAAGAGAUAUUACCUCUCUCUCACCCUCAUUCUGAAAGGAAAAGGGAGAAAGGUACCCACGUCAGCAACAUUCUAAUAUGAAGGAUAGGACCUUGAAGGAUAUGACCAUAAUGAUGUAUAUACGAUAAAAAGGACAAGGCUACACUGAAAUAUUUUUAGCAAUUAAGAUGUUACUUUAAAAGAACAAGUAAACAAUUUCAUGAUCUACACACUCCCUUUUUGUUAUUCACUCAAAGGUCUCGGUAUUCUGUGCGUAUGAACUUUCAUCUUGGCUUUAGAAUGGUGGAAAAAUGUCCCCACUGAGGGGUGAGAUUGUCUUCAAAAGACCACCCUUUUUGUGUCUUUUGGAAUGAGGAUAUAGAAGACAGAAGAGAAAGACCCAAGUGUAAAUUGAAAGGCAAGUUUUACGACUUGGGAUGAGAGACUUACCAUAUACAAACAAACAAACAAAACAAAACAAAAGAAAAAAAAAGAAAAACAACCAAAGGUUUUAGUGUGACAGUAACCCUGAGUGUGGGUUGGAAUAUGCUUGGCCCAUAGGGAGUGGCACUAUUAGGAGGUGUGGCCUUGUUGGAGUAGGUGUGGCUUUGUUGGAAGAAUGUGUCACUGUGGAGGUAGGUUUUGAGACCCUCCUCCUAGCUGCCUGAGAAAUGUAGUCUUCUGGUUUCCUUGGGAACAAGAUGCAGCACUCUCAGCUACUCCUCAGCCAUACCGGCAUUGAUGAUAAAGGACUGAGCCUUGGAAUCUGCGAGCCAGCCCCAAUUAAAUGUUGUUCUUUAUAAGAAGAGUUGCCUUGGCCAUGGUGUCUCUUCACAGCACUGGAAACCCUCACUAAGACACCUGAGUAAUCUUAGAGUUUGUUUCUUCACUCUGCUCUUCCUCCCUCCCCUCUAUCUGAAAGUAAAUAUAAAGGAUGCUGUGCAUGGCCAUGUGAGGACUUGUGUGGUCAGGAUACCAAGAGAAGAACAGAAUAAAUGAGUAGUUCAGAUACCACCCAUUGAGGGUUCUCCCACACCAAAAAUACGUGAAGUCCUGACACCCACCCCCCUCGAGUAUGAACUGAAAUAGAAAUAGAAUCUUUUCAGAAAAGAUAAGUAAGAUAGGCCCCAAAUCUAAUGAGUUUCAUCUGCAUAAGAGAGGAAGAUAUAGAAAAAGACAAACAGAAGGAUGAAGAUCAAAGGACCACAGAAACAGACAGUAGAGUGAUGUAGCUGGGAUCAGGGGAUGGUGGGGAUUAUGAAAGGCAGCAGGACCCAGGGCCAGAUUCUUCCUAGAACUCUAGAAGGAAACAUGGUUUUGUUCAUACUUGUUUGUACCUUUAUGUAAGCCUUCUAGGCUUUAGAAUUGUGAGAUAAUAACCCUCUAAAUCACGGAAUACAUGGCAACUUUUUACAGCAGCCUCAGAAAACUAGUACAAUAGUUUAUGUAACCAUGUAUCCCGAACGAGUUUCAUGGACUUGUUUUUUGCUGCAUAGCGUGUACCUUCAAGAGGAAAUAAAAGUAGGAUAUGGGAAUAAGACCCCAAGUAAUGCUGACUAGCCCUGGGACACAGAUUUAAUCAUCAAGUAAUCUACCCUGCAUUAUCCUUAAAUCAAAACCUCCAUCCAUUCCUAGGCCAGCAUCAAUGAGGCGAGGCCAACCUCUGGAUGCUGAGCAGGGCAUCUGUGAGUCACUCAGCAUCCUUUUUCCUGGGAGGGAGUUACUUGGCCCAUCGCUAAGCCUAUCAGUGCCAGCUUUCUUUUAACUUGGCCUUUUAACUAAAGUAGAUGGCACUGCAGUCUGCCCUUUGUGUGACUCAGUAAUUCCAAAGCACAAUGUACCAAAGUAGAGGCUGAUGUGCACUCUAGUGGGAAAAUUUUGAAACUCAGAUUAAAGCCAACUGUUUCUUGAAAUAUUCCAUUGUAUUAUUAAAUUUAUAUAUGUCUCUGCCAUUUCCCUGUGUUGUAACAUGGCUCAGAAUCUCCACUUUUUCCUGAUUAUUUUGAAUAGGCACUUUACCCAUCUAAGUUAGUUACUUUUCCUCAUUGUGGUGACAAACAUACCUGACAAAAGCAACUUAAGGAAGGAAGGAUUUAUUUCCGGGGUGUGGUGUGAAAGUGCCGUCCAUCAAGAUGGGAAGGCAUGGUGGUAGGGCAGCUGUGGCAGCUUGUCACAUAGGACCCACAUUUUAGGAAGCAGAGAGAGAUGACAGCUCUCUCCUUUUUUAAUCAGUCUGCAACCCCAGCCCAUGGAUAGUAUUGCACGCAUCCAGGGGAGGGCUUCCAUCUUUGGCUAAAUCUGUCUGGGAACACCAUCACAAGCAUAACAGAGGUGUUUUCUCACAGUGAACCUAAAUCCAACCACAUUGACAAGAUGAAGCAUCACACUCUCCGUCUUAGUUUGUGUUUCAUUUCUGAGAAGGGACAUCAUGACGAUGGCAACUCUUACAAAGGACAACAUGUCACUGGGGCUGACUUACAGAGGUGAGGUCUGUUAUCAUCACAGCAGGAAUCAUGGCAGCAUGCUGGCAGACCUGGUGCCUGAUGUGUUGAGAGUCCUACCUUCUUGAUCUGCAGGCAGCAGAAGGGGAUUGCCUCCCACAGGAAGUCAGAGAGGAAGCUCUCAUUCCUUGUUCGGCACAACCUGAGCACAGGAGCCUCAAAGCCCACCUGCAUAGUGACACACUUCCUCCCACAAGGCCACACCUAUUCUUAACAGUGCCAACUUCCCGUGGGCCAAGCAUAGUCAACCACCACACUGCUCAAUCCUCAGUUUUACUGCUCAGGAAUGGUCUUUGAACUGAGUGACCUCUAUUUUCCUCCAGCUCUGAAAGCAUAAGGAUCCGUGUUCUGUUACUCAGUGGAAUGAAUUGAAAGUAUCCUUCAAUCGCUGAUAAUUUUGAAGACAUUUGAGACUCCAGCAUUAUCCUCUUCCUAAAAUUGUAUUGUAGGCAAUAAGUGUGGCUGUGUCCAAAUGUAUUUGUGUUAAGCAACCGAAAGAAGACUAAGAAACAGCUCAAUCCAGUUAACCUGAUGUAUUACCAGGAGGUGUACACUCAGAGUUCUGUAGUGUUUUUUUCUUACCGGUUAUAAACAUGCAGAGGAAUAAA